UCAGCAACGUCAGCCACGCUAAAAGCGUUAGAGCGCCGCAUUAUUGAGAGGGUGAGCCGAUGGAGAAGGUUGAAGUGUUUUGUGUUGUUCGUUCCUUGACAGCUGACGGGUUACAGUAACUUUAAAUCAGAAUAAAGUAAACAGCCUCACCGUUCCAGGAUCCCUCCAGUUGGCCUAGAGACUUCAGCGGAACGCCGCUGCCCUCCAGCUGACGCCGGUCCUCUCUCGGCUCCUUUCCUCAUGGCGAUAAACACUGAUGCUGAAGACUGGGGCGGCAUCGGCGGCAGCAGCGACUCCGGAGAACGAGCGUGGCUCCUGCAGAGCCCCAGCGUGGAUUCUGCCCGGCACCCCGAGGCAGAAGAGGGGAGCCGGGGCGUGUCGGCUCUGGGUGCCGUCUUCAUCGUGGUGAACGCCGCUCUGGGCGCGGGACUGCUCAACUUCCCUGCAGCCUUCAGCAUGGCUGGAGGAGUGAUGGCAGGAGUGAUGCUGCAGAUGUUCAUGCUCAUCUUCAUCAUCAGUGGGCUGGUGAUCCUUGGCUACUGCUCUCAGGUCAGCAACGAAGCCACCUAUCAGGAAGUUGUUCGAGCCACUUGUGGGAAAGUCACAGGAGUCCUCUGUGAAAUGGCCAUCGCCAUCUACACGUUUGGGACAUGCAUCGCUUUCUUUAUCGUCAUCGGCGACCAGCUGGAUCGUUUGAUCGCUGCUGUUGCUCAUGAAACGGACGGGUCGCCCGAGGGUCACUGGUACACAGACAGGAAGUUUACCAUCGUCGUCACUGCAGUCCUGGUAAUUCUGCCUCUGUCCAUCCCCAAAGAGAUCAGCUUCCAGAAAUACGCCAGUGCUCUGAGUGUGAUGGGAACCUGGUACGUUACCAUUGUGGUUAUUGUGAAGUACAUCUGGCCGGACAAAGACAUGAACCCAGACCACGCUACAGCCACUUCUGCUUCCUGGACUGCUGUUUUCAAUGCAAUGCCCACCAUAUGCUUUGGUUUCCAGUGCCAUGUCAGCUGUGUGCCGGUGUUUAACAGCAUGAAGAGGAAGGCGAUCAAACCGUGGGGGUUUGUAGUCACUUGCAGCAUGAUAAUCUGCCUUUUUGUCUACAUAGGAACGGGCGUCUGCGGCUUCCUGACCUUUGGCUCCAAUGUGAAUCAGGACGUGUUGAUGUCUUACCCGCCUGAUGACAUCGCUGUGGCCCUCGCCAGAGCUUUCAUUGUCAUCUGUGUGGUGACUUCCUACCCCAUUCUACACUUCUGUGGCAGGGCGGUGGUGGAGGGCCUGUGGCUGCGUUUCCAAGGCGAGCAGGUGGAGGUGUGUGUUCGCCGGGAGCGCAGGAGGAGGAUCCUGCAGACGCUGGUGUGGUUCGUCGUCACCCUCGUCCUCGCUCUCUUCAUCCCUGACAUCGGCCGCGUCAUCUCGCUGAUCGGAGGUCUGGCGGCCUGCUUCAUCUUCGUGUUCCCAGGUUUGUGUUUGAUGCAGGCCAAACUUUCAGAGACAGACAUUCGAACUACAAGCUGGCAUUUAUUGGUGGGCCUUGGCGUUACCAUGGUGACGCUCGGGGCCUUCAUCUUCGGCCUCACCACGUCUAACUCCAUCUACCAGGAUGUCGUGAACUGAAGGAUCCUGUCUGCAGAGCCAGCUCUUUCCUCCGUAACGAGAACCGUGCUGCUACUCCGGCGCGAAUUGGGUUGGAGAACCACAAUGGACAGACUUUAGUUUUUUUUUUUUUCUCAGUGAAAUUUAAAAACUUUUUUUUUUCUACCAUUAUCUGCUUCCUGAAGGAAUCAGACUGAUUUUUUUUUUUUUACCUCCCGCCGCUCAACUCUGCAUGAAUGACGCCUGUCUGGUUUACAAGAGCAGAAGGACUUUGAUUGGAGGGGUUUUAUAAUCAAAUUGAUUUUUUUUAUUUAUUAAUUAAAUUGUACCAAUUUGUGAGUUUUACCCUGCAUGUCGCCUUUAAUCACUGAAAACGUGACGAUGUCUCCAUCCUCCACCAUCAUCAAAUCCAGGUGCUGCAGGUGGAUAAAAGGUGAAGCAUUUUGCUUCAGCGCUCAGCCAAAGUUGAACUGUGGGGGCGAGACUAAUGUACAUUUUAAACUGAGUAAAUCAUGUAUUUAUUUAGAUUUGUUGUUGUUUACUUUGGACUUGACUCUUAAGCUGACAUGGAACAAAUGAAGCUUCUGUCAUCAGGCCAGACGAUUGCACUGGUGUCCAGAAUCGGUCAACUGAAUCAUUUGUGACACACUGGCCCCUGAGGACUGGGGGUGGAAACCCCUUGUAAGAGCCAGUUUUAAGAAAUUAACUUAAUGUGUCAGGAAAUCAUGUUUACUGUGGAUAAACAAGGGAAGAAAACUUCAAACGUCCGGCGCCAAAUGGUCCAGAUGCCUGUGCUUUAUAACUGCAGCUCUUCUUUUACAUUUAAAGGAAGAUGUAGUAAAUGUUAGGAAGACUAGUGUAUCAGCUCUGAAGAAGUUUUAUUUUUCUUUUCCUAAAAUGAUGUAAUUUGUAAAUUAAGGUAAACACUUUUUUUGUUGUUGUAAAAAUUGCAUUUGUUUUGCUGCAAUCUAAGCCAAAAAAGUUGUGCUGUAUUUAUUUAAACUGUCAUUGUUUCCAUCUUUUUUUCAUAUAUAUAAUUUGUGCCUAAACAUUUGGGAUUUUUUUUUAAAUCUACAUAUUCCCCAGUGCAUUUUUUUGUGCUUCAUCUGAUUUAUUACAGGACAAAUCAACACUAAUCAAGUGCUAAUCAGAC